AUGGAACAACUAUUUCGGGAGGCCCAGGACGCUCUGGCGGCUGCAGGGCCACUGUGUCAAGAAUCACAGGACGUCUUGGCACGCGCACGACAGAAUUUGGAGGUUGCAGUCCAUCUUGGCAUUCGCACACAAUUCCUGGCCAAGGCACACGCCCAUCAAUGGACGCUGGCGUCGAAAUUCUACUCUAACGCCCUCACACGCACAAAGAAGUCUCUCGAAACGGUUACCCGGCAGCAGACACGGUUUCAGGCAGCGAGGGGAGCUCUGGAGGAAGCUCUAGGCGAGUUGGCUGCAACUCCUGUGCAAUUGAGAGUCAACAAUGGGGCUCACAAUCUGAGAGAGUUUGUGGACGAAGAUCUCAUUUCCGCUCAGGUUCAAGGCAAGGGAUGGAACGAAGUGCAUGAGGAGGCGCUCAAUGUGUUUCGAGUGCUGUUGCCAGAGAUUCAGAGACACGGAGAUAUUGUGAAUCGUUCCAAGAAGGAGUUUGAGAGGGAGAAGGCUGAACAAACCGAACUUCUCAUCCACCAAACAUCAGAUUCGGGCAUCUACGACUUGCUGAAUUCGGCAGAAGCAUGUUCGGAAGACAUGGCUAACCUAUUACAGUCGCUAGCUCGACAUUACGACUUGUGUGAACGAGGGCAGGAUCUGAGUACUGGCGCUAUCGAGGCAGAGGACGUUAAUGAGCUGGGUGAGUUGCGCGCGGUUCUUGAGAACGACGCUCAACAACUUCCAGAUGUGUUGGACGAGCUACAAGAGCGCCUGGACGAGGUCAAGCAGGGAUGUCAAGGUGUCCACAAUCACAUGACUCAGAUGUACCACUCCUACUCGCUGGAAGUGCGCCAGCUCGAGGGCAUCCAAGCUGUCGAGAAGACCAUGGAUGCUACACUCGAGAUCUGUGAGACUCAACAAAGGGAUACAAAGGAGUAUCUUCUGAAGGUGCAGCGGUAUGUGAGUGAAACAUCAGCUGUUGUGACGCAUUACCAGACUUUCUUGAACUCAUACAAGGCCCUAUUGCACGAAGCAGAACGAAGAAAUGCAGCCGAGGCCAAAAUGAAAGAUUAUGUGACCGAGGUGAACGCGAAGCUGGCUCAGAUGAGUAUCCAGGAGACUAAUAGACGUCAAGACUUUGUAGCCCAGCAAGGUGACUAUCUGCCAGCAGAUAUUUGGGACGAGCUGUUGCUACCCUCUAGAAGAUUCGAGGCAAGAGAAUUGGAUGGGGAGUUAUAG